AUGGCGGAAGAAGCAAAAGCCAAAGGAAACGCCGCCUUCUCCUCCGGCGAUUACGCCGCCGCAAUUACUCACUUCACGGAAGCGAUCGACCUCGCGCCGACCAACCACGUCCUCUACUCGAACCGAUCCGCCGCUUACGCUUCUCUCCACCGCUACACAGAAGCUUUAUCCGACGCUAAGAAGACUGUGGAGCUAAAACCCGACUGGUCUAAAGGCUACAGCCGAUUAGGCGCGGCGUAUUUAGGAUUGUCUCAGUUUAAAGAAGCGACGGAUGCGUAUAAGAGAGGAUUAGAGAUCGAUCCGAGCAACGAAACGCUCAAAUCGGGAUUAGCCGACGCGUCGAGACCUCGCGAAUCGGCUUCGAAUCCGUUCGUCGAUGCGUUUCAAGGACCGGAGAUGUGGGCGAAACUGACGGCGGAUCCUGGGACUAGGGUUUAUUUGCAGCAGCCUGAUUUCGUCAAGACGAUGCAGGAGAUUCAGAAGAACCCUAAUAAUCUGAAUCUGUAUAUGAAGGAUAAGAGAGUGAUGCAGGCGUUAGGGGUUUUGUUGAAUGUUAAGCUUGGCGGAUCGAAGGGAGAAGAAGAUACGGAGAUGCGGGAGGCUGAUUCGUCUUCACCGGAGAGAAAAGGGCCUGAGGUUGUGAAGAAGCGUGAACGGGAGCCGGAGCCAGAGCCGGAGCCUAUGGAGAUGACGGAGGAGGAUAGGGAGAAGAAGGAGAGGAAGGAGAAGGCACAGAAGGAGAAAGAGCAAGGCAACGCUGCGUACAAGAAGAAGGAUUUCGAGAAAGCUAUUCAACAUUAUACCAAGGCGAUGGAGCUAGAUGAUGAAGACAUUUCUUAUAUAACUAAUCGUGCUGCUGUAUAUCUUGAGAUGGGAAAGUAUGUGGAGUGCAUUGAAGACUGUGACAAGGCUGUGGAAAGAGGCAGAGAGCUUCGUUCUGACUUCAAGAUGAUAGCGAGAGCUCUAACCAGGAAAGGAUCUGCUUUGGCGAAAAUGGCGAAAUGCUCGAAAGACUUUGAGCCUGCGAUCGAGACUUUCCAGAAAGCUCUUACAGAGUACCGUAAUCCGGAUACGUUGAAGAAACUGAACGAUGCUGAGAAAGCCAGGAAAGAGCUAGAGCAACAAGAGUACUUUGAUCCUAAGAUAGCUGAGGAGGAACGCGAGAAAGGUAAUGAGUUCUUUAAAGAGCAGAAGUAUCCAGAGGCAGUGAAGCAUUACUCGGAAGCAAUAAAAAGAAACCCGAGUGACGUGAAGGCGUACAGUAACAGAGCUGCUUGUUACACGAAGCUAGGAGCAUUACCAGAGGGACUAAAAGACGCUGAAAAAUGCAUUGAGCUAGACUCGAGUUUCACGAAAGGAUACAGCAGGAAAGGAGCUAUACAGUUCUUCAUGAAGGAAUACGAUAAAGCCAUGGAGACUUAUCAAGAAGGGCUGAAGCAUGAUGCUAAGAACCAAGAGUUGCUUGACGGCGUUAGAAGAUGUGUGGAACAGAUAAACAAAAUGAACCGUGGUGAUCUGACGCCGGAGGAGUUGAAGGAGAGGCAAGCAAAGGCAAUGCAAGAUCCAGAAGUCCAGAACAUAUUGUCUGAUCCAGUGAUGAGACAGGUACUGGUGGAUCUUCAAGAGAAUCCUAAAGCUGCACAGGAGCAUAUGAAGAAUCCAAUGGUGAUGAACAAGAUUCAGAAGCUGGUUAGUUCCGGUAUUGUUCAGGUCCGGUGA